AUGGGAGAAUUGGAAUUUCAAAAACGUUGGGAUUUCAGGAGGAACGAUGAUAAUGACCCUGAUUCUUCAUUCGAUGAUUCGAUAUCGAGUGACGGGUCACUUAUCAGAAAGCAGAAGCUGGUAUCGAGAUUGAUUUCAUUUGGUGAUGAGGAGAUUAGUGAAGUUAGCACACUUAAACUGAAGGAUGAUGAGAAUCCUGGAAAAGCCGGCCAAAUCGAUGUCGGGAAAGUUAAAAAACGGAAAACAAGGAAUAAGAGCAGCAGCAAAAUGAAGAAGGAUUCUCCUGAAAAAGUUGAUUUGCGGAAGGGUGAAACAAGUGCUCACGAUCAUGCUCCAUUGGAUGAACUUAAAAACUUCAUGGAGUCCUUGUUAGAAGACGUUAAAGUUACAAGAGAAAGUUUAUUGAAAUGGAUGGUGGAUGAAAUGCAAAAGUUGGUGGGUGAUCUAAGGGGAAAACCUGGUCACAAUGAUGACAAGGUCCAGUUGCAGAAAAGAAAAAGACCUAGGAAAGUUCAAGAUCAACAUGGGAAAAUUCACCUGGAAAGCAUGCAAUCCCAUCGUUUGACUAAUUCCAAGAAAUGUAUCCAACUCCAAUGCCAUGUUGAUUCUCAACACCAGAACAAUUCGCAAAAGAAAAAUAAACAGCAGGUGCUGAUUCGAGACGAGAACAAGCAGCAUCAGAAUGACUUUGAUUAUGACAUGGAUAGAUCUUUAGCUAGAUACCCUAGAGGUAUUACUGCUUCCGGUUCUACUGAUUACUUAAAUGCAUUAGGAGAUGGAGUCGGCUCUGGAAAAUUUGUUGAGCUUAUUACUUCAUCAAAUAGGAAAGGAGAUAGGUUGUUGAUAUCUGGUGCGAAGCCAAAUCAUCAAACAAGUGAUGCUGAGCAAAAUGUUCAAGUCCGGAGUAAUACCAGUGCUGUUUUAGCUAUAGAAGCUAAAAAAGCUAAGGGUGGAUCUUUGAAGAGAAGAGUAAAAGGCAAGAAAACCGUUGAUCUUGGCGAUCACCAUCAAGUUCCUGAAGAUCAAGCUGAUCAAGGCCAAGCCAUUAGAACGGAAGGAGCCGGUUCUAAUGUAGAAAAGCUGGGAUCAUCUGUUCAAAAUUUUCUAUCUAGUCCCUUUGGUCAGGCCCCUUGGUCAAUGUAUCCAAUGUUACCAACUUUUUUAACUGAGCAAAUAGCUGCAAAUCAAGGGCCUGAUGCUUCAUUAUACAACUAUGUUCUACCUAGAGCUGCUGAGAUGAAAAGGUGCAUGAAUUCAGAAAGAACGAAUCAAAUGUUAGAGCCAGGUUCUAACCAAGGACCAUUUCCAGUUGCCCCACCAGACGAAACCAUUCGAAGAUUCUCAUUAAUGGGAUCGAGAAAUAUGGAUUGCAUUAAUCAGAAAAACACCCCAACUUCUGGUACUGGAACUGGAUUUCCUUUCCCACUACAUCAGGGUACAGAUUUUGGUUUAAGUAUUUCAAAUCCAAGGCAAUUCAAUCCAGAAUAUCCAAGACAAAACAACCCACAAAAUCUUUCACAGGAAACUAGCAAACCACUGGGUUUGAAGAUGAAUGGAGGAGCUGCUAAGUUCUCUGGAGUAAGCUAUAAUUUAUCAGAACAUAUUGCUGCAAACAAUCACCAUGGCAAUCCAACUUAUAAGUCUGAUGGCAGACUCUUGUCAUAUCAGAUACAAAACCUUAGAGAUGGUCAUCUUUUCCUACAGUAA